GCAAACGUUUGUUAGCUGGCCAAUGCUAUUUGACAUAUGCACAUUAACGUUUAUGUUAAAUGUUGUCAUUCCUGCGGACCGUUAGACGGUGACAGUAAUGGAGCUGGUGUGGGAGGACCCUCCAGUUCCUGACGCUCCAUUCUUUACCAGAGAUCUCUAUGACAAAUAUUCCCUUGCACCUAAUAUAAGAGAACUGUGGGCUUUUCUCCAAAGUCCUGCAGAUAAUGCCAACAUAACACAGGGGAGUGAUGUUGGAGCUGGAAAAGCCUCCUGCUCUCCCUCUACAGAAGAUUCUGCAGAGUUCAAAGACAAGUCCUGUUGUGACAGCCGUGAUAGUGAUGAGCCAUGUGCAGACAAUGCCGAAGAUGGUGUAGAAGAACGCAAGGAUACCAAAAAAUCAGAAGUGAAGCUCAACCAUGUUGAGGUUCCUUACCCAGAACCCAGACUGCCCUUCCCUUGUAUGUCCACCCUGUCCAGCAAAGACCAGCAAACAUAUCUUGGCUUUUUGAUGAGUAAGAAAACCAGGGAUCUUCCACAGGGCUUGAACACACGAGUAAACAACGAAGUAAUGCAGUUCAUGUGGUACUUGCAAGAUGUGGCCAAAAUGUGUGCUGAUGACUACAACUUCAUAUCACAGGGAGCCAUGCAAUAUUCAGAGGAUUUCUUCAGGGGCUGUUUGGAGUGCAUUAAGACAUUUCCUCAGUUCUACCAAAUCUGUGAGGUGACUAGUUUGACAGGGGGAACAUUCAACCCAGGGCUGAAGCUGACCUUUGAGAAACAGCUGCUAAUCAUGGGCAAUGUGGAUAUUACAGACCACAUGAUAGUGCCUGCUGAUGCACAGCUUGCAUCGGAUUAUCAAAGUGUUUCAUCAGAGAAUCCUCCAGCUAAAAAAGCUAAGGACAUGCACGCUACCAUCAGCAGUGACAGCAAUGUAGAGAAGCUGUGUGCCCGUUAUGAACCUCACGUAUGUCUGACUCGCGAUGCUCUGAAUAAGCUGCUGGACAACCAUGGCCCUGACUUUGGGGAGCCAUGGGAACUGCCUGUGUGGAUCAAAUUAAAUCCAGGGAAAGGCAGCAGUCAAAAGAAGACCGUGUACAUAGACUCACCCCUUCUGAAGACUGAAGUGACAGUGAGAGAGAGGAGUCGCUUCUAUCAUGAGGAGAGUUUGAAGCUCUCCGUCAAGAAGAAUGGGACUAAAAAUGUGUUCCAUUUAAUGACAGAGCUUCCUGAAAAUGAGCAGCAACUGUCUCCGGAGUGCUCACAAAGAAUUUUAGUGGCAUUUGAAGACAACGGUCUUGACUUUGAGGCGGACCUUACUGACCUGGAGACAUUUGGAGAGAAUACAUCCAGUAAAGCCUCCAAAAUGCCGAAAAUACAGAAUGAGCAGGAUGCAUGUGUUAAAAGUAAGAAAGCUACUAGCGCCCCAUCUCCAAGUAAAACUUCCAGUGAGCAGCUUGCAAACACUAGCAGCAGUUCACUAGAAGAGAUGAACACCUCAUUGACAAUUAAGGAUGAUCCCAUCACAAAGGAGACACCUCAGGUGGUUCUGAAUGAGUCCAAUGUGCCCAAGACUGAACAGGCGAGGCAGGACUCUGCACAGGAAAGUGAUGAAGACCCAGCUAUUACAGGAGACUCUGAUGAUGAGAAGCUGGUCAUUGAUGACUCUCCAACUGCAGCAGCUGAAACACAACCUAGGCCUGAGGCCACACCAUGCUCUUCUGACCCUUCUGUUACCCCAGAGUCACCACCCACUGAAAAAGUUACAAAACGGACACGACGGUCCAUAAAGUCAAAGGCUGGCGACCAGCUGGGGGAGAUCCUGCGCAUGCAGACAGCAAUGUUCAGCUCUGCCAACAGCACAGGCAAAUGCUCCACCAUAUCCCAGGAGACCAACUCACCUACCCGGUGUAUGGGACCCUCAGUUUACUCCCAUCCAACGUCCUUGGUUAAGUCCUGCGUAUCUUCAUAUUUGGAGAGAAACCAGAAGCAGGACAGAGAGACCUGCAGUGCUCCUCAUAAAUCUGCACCAGCGGUCAACAUCAACACUACAGAGCACAAAAAGAUACUGUCACAAGACCUGCAGGCUGGUGCAGAAGACGAACAGGAUUACAAAGCUCCAGAAGAGGGCAACCUGCUCUACAAGCUCUAUAGUCUGCAAGAUUUGCUGGUCAUGGUGCGCAGCUCAGUCUCACUGACCCAUUCAAGAAAUGUAUGCAGCAGCCAAAACCAGUAUGUUCCGGUGCAUGUCUUGCCCAAGCUGGAGUAUCAGUUGAGCUAUGGUGUUGAGUGUCUAACCAGCAGUGAGGCUUGCCAGCUGUGGACGGAGACAUUGCUCCACUCCAGCACCAUUUCAUACAUUGCUCACAUCAAUGCACACACAUCAAAAGUAGCUCUGCUGAGAAAGCUGCCUGACGACUGGAUACAGAACAUCUCCUCUGGGUUCAAGCCAUCCAAGUCACUAAAUAUACUGCUCCACCUACUGAAAAAGCUUACUGAGUUAGACGAAGGACGGUACCUGAUUGCCCACAAAGCAGGGGAACCAUUUGUGACCUUAUUAAAAGCAUCCGCUGGGAAAGUGAGUCGGGGGGCGUACAACCUGCAGCAGCUCCACAGCUCUGUUCCACAGUCCCCAGCCUCUGGCCUCGUGCCCUGGAUACCUGUUGAUCCAGCUGUGGUCCUCCCUUUCCAUAAAGCACAUGGCCGUGUCCCCUGCACCUUCCCGCCAAAGCCCUUUCUAAAGAGAGAGAGACAUGGGUCACUGAAGUCCAACAGCUGUGGAGCUGGAAAGUCAAAGAACAACUCGAACAAAGGAGGCAACAAGAAGAACAACCCAUCAAAACGUACGGCCAAGCGCAACACGUAUAUUAGAAACCUAGUUAAGAAGUCUGUUCCUUUUUUUCAUGGGACGUAGUAUCAUGUCAUUCAUCUCAUUUCAUAUCAUAGGUUAGGUAAAUCAGAAGAGGAGAUGGACCUGCACUGCUAAGGAAAGGAAAAGAAACCACUAACAAUGUCUUAGGAGUUCAUACUGGAAAUAUGUUAUGACCUUAAAUAUAGAUGUGAAUGCCAAAGCACUUUGUACAGAAUAGAAUCUAUACUUUGUUUUGUUUUUGUUCAGAGGCGUUUUGUAUAUUUUGUCACUUGUGUUUUGUAAAAACAGAGAAAUAAUAAACUGAAUGGGAGUAUGGU